AUGGACGUCCCUGUUGCCCCAAAGGCUACUACUGCCAAAGGGAAGCCACGGAAACGCGUUUUCGAGGCAUGCGAUUUCUGCAAGCGGAGAAAGAUCAGGUGUACCAGUGAACGGCCGACCUGCAGUAGCUGCAAGACCUAUGGGCAUGAUUGUGUGUACUCACAAAACGCACGUUCUGCACGUGCUGAGGAGAGACAACGACGAGCGUCUUCCGGCCUGUCACAGCAAACUCAACGGCCAACGCGUCCAAAAACCGCGACGCCCGUUCCUAAUGACGGAUUUGAAGGGGUGGUUGCCGCGAACAGCGACAUUGACCAUGGAGAAGAAGAACCAGCGCAGCCAGCCUCUGCAGUAACUGAUCAAUCAACGCCAAACCGAUCCGUGGCUCGCAUUAUCUUCUCAGACAAUGGAGCUUCUAGCUAUCAUGGUCAGACCAGCGCAUUGUUCGAGGAGAAUGCCAAUGACCGAAGGGGAUCCAAAAGAGAAGUCAUUCCACCAAGCUGGGUCGAGAAAGGGUUGAUGGCAGAAGCCUCCUUGCAGCGACAAAUGGAAGUGAUCAACUUUAGGGAGAACAAACUAGACUUUGAUGGGGUGGAGCCCGAGCUAGGAAUGCACUUACUCCGUCUGCAUUGGAAUCGACAGCACCACUCCUUUCUGAUCACCUACCGACCAGCUUUCAUGCGAGACAUGGCUUGCAAUGGGCCUUACUUUUCGAAAAUACUACUAAAUGCCAUAUUUUAUGGAUCCUCGAAAUUUAGCACUCGUCUGGAAGUGCGCAAAGAUCCCAAUGAUGUCCGCACGGCUGGCUGGAAGUUUAGACAACGAGUUAGAGAACUGCUCGGUAACGCUCUGGAUGGGAGCGAGAUCACCACGAUUCAAGCACUGCUCGUAAUGGCGAACUCACUCUUCGCCUUGGGCGAUGAAAGGAGUGCAGCAUGGUUAUACUCGGGCUUGGCCUUUCGAAUGAUCAUUGACCUUGGCCUGCAUGCAGAGGCGGCUACGCUGUCCAGCGGUCGCAGUUUAUCCCAUGAAGAUCUUGAGAUUCGCCGGCGAGUCUUCUGGGGUGCAUUCGUCGUGGACAAAAUCAUGAGUCUUUACCAAGGACGACCUGUGAGCCUGCAGGAAGCUGAUACUAGUGUGCCGAUUUCGUUCCUGGACAAAUUUGAGGAGAACGAGAACUGGGCACCAUUUGCGUACGGCUCUGAUAGCAAUAACGAUUACGUGGGCGGACCCGCGUACAGCGUCUCUACAUUUACAGCACUUUGCGAGUUGUGCAGGAUCAUGAAUCAGAUCCUCAACAAUAUAUAUGCCGAGCGAAUCUUCGACCGCAGUCCUAGUGACCUAACACAAAUGCUUGACGAUCUUCACUCCAAGAUGGAGACCUGGAAUACUUCGCUCGCUUCACACCUGCAAUUCGACCCAUUGAGGCCUCAGGCGGUGACACCGCCACCUCACGUUUUGUCCCUUGUGGCGAUGUAUAACGUCCUGUUAAUUCUGCUUCAUCGACCGUUUGUGGCCGAUGGCCAUCUGUUCAAUACUGCACGAUCAGUGUCCGUCAACUCUCUACUCACUUGCGCGACUGCUGCAACGCAAAUCGUAAGAUUGCUACGGAUCUACGACAAAACAUACUCAGUACGAAGAGCGCCCUAUCUCAUCUCUUACGCCACGUACGUUAGUGCUACCAUUCAUGUACGGAUCGCUUCGAAAAGGACCUCUUCUUCGGAUGCACAUAGAAGCUUGACUACCUGUAUUGCAGUCUUGAGUAUAAACCAAGAGACAAAUUGGGCAGCACGAAGGGCCAAGACGAUUGUUGAGAGUUUGAUGAAAAGGCUCCAAGUUGAGAUUCCCAACGCAACAGCCAAUCCACAGGCAUGUAUCCUUGGAUCGGAGUCAGAGAGACAACUGCCGAUACCAGAGAACUUAGCCUCGAGAGACCACUUCACCGAAGAAACCUUGCUUCCUGAUGGCUUUUCACCUGGUCUUGACAUAGAUGCAGUCAUUCAAAGCUUUGUUCCAACGAACGAAAAUGGCUCAAGCAUACCCUUUGCGGCUCACCCAAGUCAGCAACCGUUUGCAGACGAUCCAAAUAGGCAAACUGGUUUUGCAGAUCACAGCGAUAAGACUUUCGCAAAUGGCGGGUUUCCAGCAAACCAAGUGCAAGAGAACAGCGGAUGGUAUGAUCAGUUUGCGACACAGCCGUUCGCUUUCGAUGAUCUGCUGUUCGGCUUCAAUGGCUCAAUGCUAGACGAUUUCUCAAUGUCAACAUAUCCUUCAUAA